AUGAAGUUCGGCAAGAAGUACGAGGCGUACAUGAGGGGUAUGGAGGCGGAGCUCCCCGCCGUCGGGAUCAAGCGCCUCAAGAAGAUGCUCAAGACAUGCCGCCGCUCGCCUCGGCCUUCCGCCGCCGCAGCAGCCGAUGAUGCCACCAGCAGCGACCGCCGGUGCACUGGCCAUUGCACUGUGUGUGAUGGGAGCUUCUUUCCGUCUCUUCUGAACGAGAUGUCAGCUGUGGUCGGCUGCUUCAACGAGAAAGCCAAGAAGCUGCUCGAACUGCACCUGGCGUCAGGCUUAAAGAAAUACACCAUGUGCUUCACCAGCAAGGGUGACAAGAGCCACGGGAGGUUGAUACAGCAGGGCAAAGACUUGGUUACUUAUGCGAUUAUAAACGCCGUGGUCAUGAGGAAGAUUCUCAAGAAGUAUGACAAGAUACAUUACUCAAAGCAAGGGCAAGAAUUCAAAGCUCAAGCUCAGAGCCUCCACAUUGAGAUACUUCAGUCCCCAUGGCUCUGUGAGCUGAUGGCAUUCUACAUGAACUUGAGGAGGAGCAAGAAGAACAAAGCUGCUGCAAUGGAGCUCUUUGGCGACUGUUCCCUCGUAUUCGAUGAUGACAGGCCAACGCUCUCAUGCAACCUCUUUGACUCCAUGCGUGUUGAUAUUAGUUUGACAUGUUCUAUAUGCUUGGAUACAGUGUUUGAUCCAGUCUCGCUUUCCUGUGGCCACAUAUUCUGCUACUUAUGCUGUUGUUCUGCUGCAUCUGUGACAAUUGUUGAUGGGCUGAAGUCUGCAGACCACAAAUCAAAAUGUCCCCUAUGCCGACAGCAAGGGGUCUUUCCUGACGCUAUGCACCUGGAUGAACUCAACAUGCUGUUGAGCCAUAGUUGUCCAGAGUACUGGGAGAAGAGAAUGCAAUUGGAGCGAGUUGAACGUGUUCGCCUGGCUAAGGAGCAUUGGGAGUCACAGUGCAGAGCAUUUUUAGGCAUCUAA